AUGUCGGGGAUGAGUAGUGAUCAGCUGCAUCGCUCCACGUUGGGGAUUUACUCGAGCUUGAUGGAUGACUUCAACCCAAGCCUACAGAAACUGGUCUCACUGGGAAACAGUUACGUCCAAGCUUUCCAGGCUCUGGCUGUGACGAGUGAGGCCUACUUCAGUGCACUUUCAAAGAUUGGAGAGAAGGCUCUGCGCACCAUAUCCUCACACUCCCUAGGUGAUGUCCUGAUUCAGAUCUCCGAGAACCAAAGAAGACUCACUGUGGAGCUGGAGGGAGCCUUCCGCUGGUUCAGCACAGAGGUCCUCCAGGAGAUGGACAGUAACAUCAGACUGGACCAAGAUUACAUAUCAGGCAGCAGGAGGCACUACGAGAUGGAAGUCCACAACCAGGCGGUGGCUCUGGAGAGACAGCUGAGGAGAGGAGCCAAUCAGGACUGUAGCGAGUAUAUGCAGUUCCUCAGGGAGAGCCACAGCGAGGCUCUGAAGGAAGAGGAGAGGCGAUACCGCUUCCUGUCUGAGAAACACUGUGGCCUCAUACAAGCCUUUGCCCACCUCAUGUAUAAGACAGGAGGUUCACUCCAGCAGAGAGCUGCCGCCUGGACGGAGGAGGCCGAUGCCACCAGAGGACCCGAGGCCAGACGACCCACUUCUGUGGAGAACUCGGUGGGGAUGAAGGAGGAGGAGGUGAAAAGGAGCAGAGAGGAGCUGCCCCUUGGCAACAUACCAUCAAGAGCCCCGUCUCCCCAGGGAAGCAUUUCUCGCUCUAUGGGAGGAAGAUCCAUGAGGGCGCGGGUGGCCCACCAGCCGGGUGGCUCCAACCCCACCCUGCUGUCUUUCAGCCGGGGAGAGAUGAUCACCGUGCUGGUUCAACAGUCCAGGAACGGCUGGCUGUAUGGACACGCUGACAGCAGCUCACGACAGGGAUGGUUUCCAGCCUCCUAUGUGGAAGCUGUGGAUGAUCCUCCAAAGACCAGCAGCUCUGGUAGCAGCAUGAGCAACCUGCUUGACCAACCAGGAAGCAGCAGCCACAGUGGAGCCCCGCCCCCUCCGCCUCCACCACCUCCAUCAUCGAAUCAACAGUACGAGAGGCGACCGGUCACACCGACUGCUGACAGAAGGGCUGAGACCAACUCAGAAAGCAUGAGAUCAAAACUACAGGGAUCGCCACCAGAACUCUUCCCGAGGGGUACCAACCCGUUUGCCACCGUUAAGCUGAGGCCCACGUCCACCAAUGACAGAUCGGCCCCUCGUCUUUAUCGCAGAUGA